ACAGCAGAGAGCUGCGCUUGACAGAGAAAUUAGGAGCUAUGAAGAUACUACCAGAAAAUAUUAAAGUGCUUUAUUUUGCCAGUGACUGUAUAGAGCCUUAUGUUGAGAUCAUCACAGUGAAAGAGUCAAAACGCUGCCAGAGUCUGUGCAGCUCAGAGGACUCUGAGCCAGAAGAGUCCAGGUACCACGAUGUUCUCCCUGAGCUCAGUGACCACAGUCAUCUGCUAGAUGAUCACCACCUAGAAAAACUUUCUGCUCACAUGCCAGCAAGGACCUAUGGUUAUCCAUGGCAGCUGGUCUACAGCACAGCCAUCCAUGGGAGCAGCCUGAAGACCCUGUACAGGAAUAUGGCAGAUCUGGACAGCCCUGUGCUGCUGGUGGUCAAAGACAUGCACAAGAAGGUGUUUGGGGCUUUUUCCUCUGAUCCAUUCAGAGUCAGUAAAUACUGCUACGGUACCGGAGAAACCUUCUUGUUCAGCUUCAAUCCCGACUUCCAUGUGUACAAGUGGAGUGGGGAGAACUCGUACUUUGUGAGUGGAAACUGGGAAUCUUUGCAGCUCGGUGGAGGAGGGAAUGGCUUUGCUCUGUGGCUGGAUGCUGAUCUGUACCGCGGUUCAAGCUUUUCCAGUCCUACUUUUCACAAUGCACCUCUCUCCACAAACGAGGACUUUAUUGUGCAAGACCUGGAGGUCUGGACUGUGCAGAACUGUGAACAUCUGAAAAGCUGAGUUAAAAACACAGCAGAACCUGCUGUUCUGUCUGGACUUCUCAAACAUCAAGGCUUGUGUGCAGUUUAGCCACUACUGUAUGUAUCCUGAUGGAGCAUCUGCUGUCAUCCCUGCGCCUGGGUUAGAU